GGCAGGCAUACCUUCCAAAAAAGUGUGACACGAUUCCAAAUGUUCACCUCUGUGUUACAGAAACAAUGAUUUUCAUCUACAUCAGCAUCCCAAUUCUGGCAACAACAGCCCUGGCAAAAGGGUCAGUUGAAUGCAUUUUCUCAGAAUCUCCUGGAACCCAUUAUUGUUUUGGAGCCGUAGGUCAGUCGCUAAUUUUUCAUCUGUCACAUAAAAUUGAUACUACAAUGGGAGUUAUGAAGGAUAACAAAAACUGGGUUGUAAAAACUCACAAUAAUGGGGCUAUGAUUUUAAAUCAUGAAUAUGUAAAUCAACCAAAUGGCAUAAAUAAUGGAACACUGAAACUGGGUAAAGCCAUGAAGAAACACUCUGGAUAUUACCAGUUGGAAGAACAUGACUCUAAUGGAAAGUUACUGAAAAAAGCGAAUGUAUCUCUAAAAAUAUAUGCUCCAGUGUCAAAGCCAACACUGUCUCAGAUGUGUUUGUCACCAGAACAGAUGAAGAUCAGCUGCUUCUCUGAGGGAGAUGGAGUACAAUUAAUUUUGAGUUUGGAUGGUCAGAUACUUAUACAAAGCAAUGACCACAACCAGUCCCUAACCAUUUGGACAGCCGAGUUUCCAAAUGUUACCAUCAUCUUAGAUGGAAAGCUGACUGGAAACCUUAUGUGCCAAGUUUGGAAUAAUGUCAGCAGAGAUGAAACCGUUAUUCCCCUGGCAGCCUGCAGUGGUAGAAUAUUUAAACGUUCUGUUACAACCUUGACAGUACCUUUGGUAACCAAUGUCAUCAUGUUGUUUGUGGUUCUGAUUCUGGUUAUAGAACAUUUUUGUAAGAAAGCAAGACCGACAACUGUUAAUGAAGGUAACUUUGGCACUGAUGUUAUCUAGAGUGAUUGCAAAUAACAAAUGAAAUAAAACCAACUGAGGAAAAUCAGCUGGGAAAUGAUCCAGCUCUGACCCUGAAGUGGUUAAGUAGUUGUAUGGAUGGGUUUGCUUUUUUUUUCUAAAUUUUGUUUUGUUAUUGGUAAUUACUCUAAAAUUUAGCAAUUUAAACAACUAAAAUGGGUAACAAGGAUGAAUAAUGUUUAUUGUUGUGGACAUGUAUUACAAUAUUACCAUCAAUUUACAAUAUUCAUUUGCAACAAACACAAAUGUUAGCACGAUAGGAAAUAUCAAAUGAAAUAAACCCAACUCAGGAAAAUCAGCUGGGAGAGGAUCCAGCCCUGACCUUGAAGUGGUUAUGUAGUUAAGAUGUAUGGGUGGGUUUUUUCAAAUUGUUUUGUUAUUGGUAAUUACUCACAAAAUUUGCUGUGGACAUGGUCUGAAAGUGUUGUCAUACUGUGACAUUAGAGUUUUCAAGAAAAUCAGUGCUCGUGUAUUAAUCAAUACUAUCAAUGUACAAUAUUCAUUUGCAACAAACAGUGUAAUCUUUUGCCACCUCCACCGUUUGUCACCGUUGUAGAGAGACACACAGCUCCUCUCCUCACUAACAGCUGAAAUAGUUAAUGUUCAUAACAGUUAAUGUUCCUGUAAAGCUUCUGUUUCAACAACACUGAAGUAUUAAACAGUUAUCAUGAAUGUCAACCUGGCGGCAACAUUAACAUUAGCUAUUAGCAGUUAUCAGAUAUCCACAUGGGCCAAAUGUUAUGGACUGGAGGUCAUGGAAAGAAUAUUGAGCAAUGGCAGUGCAGAUUAUGCUAUGUCCAGAGCAGAUUAUGCUCUGCCACAGCAUGCUCAGCUGGUUCUAAUACAUGGAAAACUGGCUAGCUGCUGGUUGCUGGCUGUGCAGAGUAGCACUGUAGCCGAUCUGAGCAGACAGUCCAGACUGUGCCGAACUAUUCCAAGCAAAUAAAUGGUAAGCUCUGGAGCAGUGCAGUGGCAUUUCUUAUCUUGUUUUGGACAGCUGUGUGGUCCAUUUCAAAAUGCAUACAGUAAUGGAUUGGAUUUAUAUAGCGCUUUUCAAGGCACCCAAAGCGCUUUACAAUACCACUAUUCAUUCACUCUCACAUUCACACACUGG